GAAGUCACUGCUCCCAAAAACUUUCCUCAUCAUCACUCUCUUCUUUUUCUAUGUUCUCUCUAUAAUACUUUUCCUCAGACUUGUCUCCUUCUUCGCCAUCUAUCUCAUCAUCUUAUCUUCUUCGAUAACUCCAUCAAUGGCGGACUCAGAAGCUCAACCCAACCAUGCAACUGACAAUCCAAGUAAGUACUACUACAACCACUUGUUGUUCAAAGCUCUAAUCGUUACAGUUUUCCUGGUUGUGCUCCCUCUUUUCUCUUCACAACCUCCUCCCGACUCCAUCAACCAAACUCUCCACACCAGAAGCUGGGAAAUCCUCCAGCUCAUCUUCGUCGGGAUCGCGGUCUCUUACGGCCUGUUUAGCCGGAAAAGCGAGGAGAUAGACGACAAGGAAAAUGGGUGUGCAACAAAGUUUGAUAAUGCCCAGUCCUAUGUUUCUAGAUUGCUUCAGUUUUCAUCUGUUUUUGAUGAUGAGUCUGAGGAUGGUUCAGUGCUGGAUGAUGAUCAUAACAGUAGUAGCGAUAAUAAAGUUAUUCAGACAUGGAAUAAUCAGUACCGUAGGGGUGAAGCAGUUGUAGUUGUGGCCAAAGAGAGGCAUGGUGAUGAAGAACAGACAAGUAUGGGUAGUAGCGUUAGUGUUAAGACUUCAAAAGUUGGCGAGAAGCCCCUUCUUUUGCCUGUUAGGAGCUUGAAAUCAAGAGUUGCAGAGGGUGAUGAUUUAGCGGAAGAAGCAAAUUCGAAGCGAUUUUGGAGCAAAUCAAUGAAGGGAGAGGAGAAUUUGGUUCUUCCUUCUCCAAUCCCUUGGAGAUCAAGAUCAGGGAGAAUGGAGAUGAAGGAAGAAUCUAAACUGUUUUCUUCAACUUCAUCUUCAUCAAUGGCAGAGGACCCUGAAUUCAACAAGUUAGAGCCAAGGUCUUUCAGGUCUCAAUCAUUUAGCAGGCCUAACUCAACUUCCCCUUCUCCAAACAAGCAUUCUCCUUCCCCUUCGCCUUCAUCGGAAUCCUCCCAGCAGCUGAGGAUUCUUGAAGAGAUGGCGGUGAGAAAGAAGACGACUACUCCUGCACCUCCGCCGCCGCCUCCCCAUUAUUUCCUCGGCAAGUCGUCGUCCAUGAAAUCAAUUCCAAGUGCGCUAGCCGCCAAGAAGAAGGAAGAUGAGAAGGAGCUGCGGCGAAGCGUUAGGAGUGUCCCGGCCGAAAUACCAAUACCCGAAGAGGUGAAAGGUGAAGAAGCUGCGGUGCAAAACCAUGCCGGGAAAUCUGCAUUUACUCCGUUCAACGGGCGAGGCAGGUCAUAUGGUAUUGCAAAAGCGAAAGAAAGUUUUGUGAAGAAAGAAGGCGAAGGCGAAGCAGAAAGCGAUGAGUCAGAGAUGGAAGACGAAGAUGAUUUCUUCGACGAGAAUGGUGCAGGAGGAGAAAAUGGUAGUGAAUAUAACAGUAGUGGAGAUGGAGGGCCGCCGGAUGUUGAUAAGAAAGCUGAUGAGUUUAUAGCCAAAUUUAGAGAGCAGAUCAGACUGCAGAGGAUUGAAUCUAUCCGGCGAUCGGCCGGCCAGACUGCAGCAGCUAGAAACCAGCUUGUAAGAUGAGCCCAGGAGAUCAGAGCAGCCUUUCUGGGAGUUUAUCAAUUCUGCGUUUUCUUUUUUCUUUUCAAUUCCAUUCCAUUAUUAUGCAUUAGAGAAAGCUUUUAGCUUUCUUGUGUUUGUUCCCAAAUUUUAUGGUAUACUAUACAGAUUAAGGUUUUUAUUUGUAAUGUA